AUGACGACAGAUAAACCAUUAAAAGUGUCAAAGGAUCUUAAUAGAGAAAACCCCUCUCCAGACAAUGAUAUGUCAAUACAAACUACAGCUACUACUGAAUUAAACCCAAGUGAUACUAAUGCUUCUUUAGUACUUGUAAACUCUGAAGUUAUAGCAGAACCAUCUAAAAAAAGUUCACUUGCUACCCUCGAACAUACACCUGGACCUUCUAAAACAUUAUUUGGCUUGCCUCAACUCCCUGUUGCUAUUCCCACGACAAAAAAAACCAAGAAAGAAAUUGCCGUCAUUGAAUAUAACUAG